AUGGCCUCCUCAAUAAACGCGCCUCAGGACCCAGAGGGGCCUCCCAGUGUAACACCAGCUGCAUACAAGCCUCGAUAUAUUGAUAUCGGGAUCAACCUAGCCGACCCCAUAUUUAGGGGUGUCUACAAUGGCAAGCAGAGACAUGAUGACGAUCUGGCUGGUGUCGUCGGCCGAGCUCGGCAGGUCGGGUGUACGAAGCUCAUCGUCACUGGCUCCAGCUUCAAGAGCUCUCGCGAUGCCCUGACGCUUGCUGAGGAGUACCCCGGAACCAUCUACACCACAGCAGGAAUCCACCCUUGCAGCUCCUCGAUCUUCGACGCGACCCACCAGACCUCUCACCAGGAUGACGAAGGCGAGGGUGACGAGACACAACACACGCCGCCAUGUGACCCAGAUCCAGACGCACCCAUACCAGACAGCCAGACCACCGACCCAGCCCGGACAGAGUCCAUCAUCUCGGACCUUCGCGCCCUAAUCACGUCUGGCUGGUCAUCCAGCGCCCUGGUUGCCUUUGGUGAGUUCGGUCUCGACUACGACCGCCUGCAUUACUGCUCGCGCUCUCUACAGCUACACUCCUUCUCCUCACAGCUCGUCCUCGCGGCAAACCUCACCCCACAGCUCCCGCUCUUCCUGCACAGCCGCGCCGCGCAUAGCGACUUCGUCUCGUGCCUGCGCACCGCCUUUGGCCCGCGUCUCGAGCGCCUGGUGCGGGGCGGCGUAGUGCACAGCUUCACCGGCACGGCGGCCGAGAUGGUCGAGCUCAUGGACUUGGGCCUGUACAUCGGGCUGAACGGGUGCAGCUUCAAGACGGCAGAGAACUGCGAGGUGGUGCGGGCUGUGCGGCUGGACCGGCUCAUGCUCGAGACGGAUGGGCCCUGGUGCGAGGUGCGCCCUAGCCAUGAGGGGUGGAAGUACCUUGUCGAGGUGGAGAAGGCGGAGAGAGAAGCAGAGGAGGCAGCCAAGGCCGAGAUGGAGGCGGCUCGGCCUCGAUCUGCGAUGGAGACCGAGUCACUACCGACGGCGGAGAAUGGCGUUGCAGAGAACGGGAACGGGAGCGUUGAGAAGCCCCGGCCGAGGAAGAAGCCUCAGCAGCAGCCGAGCAAGAAGUCCCAGAAGAAAGAGCCCGAGGUGCCAGAGCGCUUCAAAACAGUCAAAAAGGACAAAUGGGUCGAGGGCGCCAUGGUCAAGGGCCGCAACGAGCCUUGCACGAUUGAGAGAGUGGCCAAGAUCGUGGCGGCCAUCAAGGGUGUUCCUGUACAAGAGGUCUGCGAAGCGGCAUGGUCAAAUACGGUCAAGGUAUUCGGACUGGACGAGUCUUAG